ACUUGUGCAAUCACCACAAACAUCUCUCUACUGCUCCGAAGAACAUAUCACUUCAAAACAGUCCAAAAACAGUAGACAGUCAUCCUCGCGAAGAAACAUCAACGCGGUGCUCAUCGCGCAUUUGGAUACAAUUUGGAAAGGGAUUGACAUCAAUUUGUGUCGCUUUUUAGAUAGAUAUCAGAAGACUGGAGACUGUUCGGGACGGAACACCUGUGCGUGCUCAUUGAUGACAAACUGAAUAACUGCUAUGACAGGUAAAUUAGCGGACAAGAUCCCUAUUACCAUGAGCAGUUUAAUCAACACCAUACCUGACAGUCUCUAUCCAGAAGAAGACAUUCCUACAUCCAUGAACAUUUUCACAAACCCGGACUCUAUUUCGCACUACUCACAAAUGAAUACAGAUAAUAUCAUGGACUUGGGGAUGGCUGGCGAGAAGGGAAAUGGAGAGAUUCAGUAUGGCUCCAAUAGUUUUCAAUCCGGUCGAAGUGGACAGACCGUCACCUACCUAGGCAAGUUCGCGUUUGACACCCCUCCCUCAGGCAGCAUCGGAGGCUCGGGUUGGUGUCCAGAUAACAACAUCAUCAGUCUGGUUAGUGCCGGAAUCCUGGGCGUGUCACCGUCACCAGGCAACAUCAACGCCCAGACGUCUUCAUCGAGCGGCAGCAUGGGCGGCCAGUCGUCAGACAUGGAUCAGGUAUACGCACCACCUCUUCCAGCCUACUCCACCUGUGGCGAGAUAUACCCAGAGCAAGUGGCAUUCCAUCACAGCCCUGCCACGUCAUCGUCUUUGCCCUACCCGAGCUCUGACUACCACACCACAUCCAAACCAGGCAUGGAUGGCAGUCUCUUUUCCAUGAUCCCAGACUACAACCUCUUCCAUCACCAGGGAGACGUAGGAGUGAUGGAGCAUAAACCAUUCCAGACCAUGGACCCUAUUAGAGUGAACCCACCUCCCAUAACUCCCCUUGAGACCAUUCGAGCCUUUAAGGAUAAGCAACAGAUCCAUCCUGGGUAUCUCGGUGGGCAACAGCACAUAUCUCAACACCACCAACCCUCUCAGACACUUGCUCUCAAACCCAUUCGACCAAGAAAGUACCCCAACCGGCCAAGCAAGACCCCUGUCCACGAGCGCCCACACGCCUGUCCGGCGGAGAACUGUGACCGCCGUUUUUCGCGAUCAGACGAGUUGACGCGCCACCUGCGCAUCCACACGGGGCACAAACCCUUCCAGUGCCGCAUCUGCAUGCGAUCCUUCAGUCGCAGCGACCAUCUUACCACGCAUAUCCGAACACACACCGGCGAGAAGCCCUUUUCUUGCGAGUUCUGUGGACGCAAGUUUGCUCGCAGUGAUGAACGAAAGAGGCACGCCAAGGUGCAUCUUAAACAGAAGGACAAAAAGCCCUCGGACAAGGGCAGUAGCGCUGGGGCAGGGGGGAGCCACGCUUCUCCUCCGAGCUCCUGUGGGAGUGCGGGACCCAGCAGUGCCAAUAUCAUGACCGUUACCACUUGUGCAUGAGAUGGACUUGCAAAGUAAGACUUCAAGGAGAAGAAAUGAAGGUUUCUCUUCUUCUCUUAGAUACACUUGACUCUUAUACUCUCUACAUCUCUUCAUAUCCAUCCAUUUCCUCCUGGUUUCUGUUGAUUAUGGUGGCAUAUAUCUGUAGCCACUAAUGUUUUAGGUCAAAUGGAUGCAGAGUUAGUGGACUAGUGUCGCAUGAAUGGGAAAGAUGGGUGGGGGGUUGGGGUUCAAAGAUAACAGUUCUAGCAGUGAGGUCCAUCCACAAAUAUAGCACUUACCGAUGCAGCGCAAACACAAAGUUAAACUCUGGCUCUGGAGACAAGAUGCAUCCCUUGAAAUUGUAUUCUUUUUAUUUUUGUUUUCCAUACAAGGAGAGAUCUGAUUGCUGUUUCUGUUUUUCCUAUGUGUAUUUUAUUUUGUCAUUGGGUUGUCAGAUUUCUAAAAGUGCACUUUCAUUUGCUUAUACUGUUUUGCAGUCUUUUUUUAAAAUGAUUGUUAAUUAUUUAAUUUCUUGUGUUAUUGUUGUUGUUUUUCAACAGAAUGUGCCAAAUUUAUUUAAAUGCAUCAGACAACUUUUUUAUAUUGUUGGUUGUUUUAGCCUGGCUGGGAUUAUACUGAAGUUACAGGCAUGUAACUUUACUGUAAGAGUCAAUUCAGACAUUGAUUUGGGAAAAACCUUUAAGCUGACUGAGUUUCUGGUGUACAUUAAAAGUCUGUUGCAUAAUUAAAUUGCAUUAUCUUCAUAUAUUAAAAUCCCUUUGGUACAAUUAAGGGAUUGGAAUGGCGUAUGUAAUCAACAACAGACUGGCAGUGCAAUAAAAUGAAAAACAACAACGAUAAAACACAGUCUGGCUCAGAAAUUUACAUUGAAGGGAUGAAAUUAAGACAGUUGUGGCCUUUUUCACCUAAUUGUUUCACUUAAUUUAUGUGAAUAAUGGCCAAACUUGCUGUUCUAUACUUUUCUUCUGUUAAAAUCAGCUAUGGUGAUCUGAUCCAAAUAUUUUGCCUUUCUGUUUUCGCUGCCUGUAGGCACGCAUGCACUAGUAUCAGUUGUAUGUCUUUGCAAGUACUGAAAUGAUUGAAUCAGUCAUCUUUGAGGACCUGCAGCAAUACACAUCCAAUUCAAACUACACAUGGUGUCAACAAGAGUUAAUACAGUAAACAUGACUUAUUUUCAUGCGAACAUUUUUCUGGUAAGGUUUCCAUUGUCGUUAUUGUCAUUGUUUUACCGGACAGUUAUGUUUCAUGCUUUUAUCAUCCAAUAUUUUUCGUUGGGUCCCAUUCUUAUGCACAUUGUAUAUUCAGCACAGAUUUUAACACACACGUACAAACGGUUUUCAAAAUGAAAUCAGCCAAAAUUAUGGUAAUGCCUGCCUACAAGCAUCACCGCUGGGCAGGAUUGAUCUUAGGAGUCAUUGUUUUGCAUUUUCACCGGCUGCGGCCUGCCUGCUAUAUGCAUGCCAUUCAAGAUGUUUUUUGGAUGGGAACCAUUUCGAUAUUAUACUGCUCUAAGGGGCAGCACCGUAAUGUGGUAUCUCCACGGUUACUCAUAUUUGAAACAUGCCUAGAGAUUCAGAAUAUUAACUAGAAAAACGAGAGGGGUUUUGUACAGUUAAAUAUACAAACAUAUUACUACAUGUUUUUUUACUCGGAAUGUAUAAAGCAAUUUCCUUCAGUAUUAUGAUGUGUCUAUGUGUGUGCAUGUACACACCCGCAAACACCCGCAUACCCAGAUAUUACAUUGACUGAAUGUUGAAACGAAGGGUGUGUUUACAUUUUCGUUCUCUUUCUUUCUGUUUUUCAGAUUGUGAUUGUGUAAAUAUUGACAAAUGUUUUAUAAGUGUGCGUGCGUGUGUGUGUGUGUGUGUGUGUGUGUGUGUGUGUGCUGGAAAAGUUGAGUAUUGACAGUGCCAAAUUUGAUGCAUUUUACAUAAUUUCUAGUCACAAGUUACAAAUAUUAACUGUUAUUAGCGCACGCAACAUUGCAAUUGAUGACUUGCGGACACACUGAAUGAUGUGUUUAAUAAAUGAAUAAACAGAAAGAUUAUUUGAAAAAAGGAAGCAAAAACCUGUCUCAUUAUCUUAUAUGCAAACUAUGCAUACAAAGCAAAUCAUUUGAUGAAGGCAUAACACUAUUAUUUAGUCGACUACCUUUGUGUUUACCAAAUUUAGACUAAGAAUUGGUCAUUAUAUUAUUUUACAAUUAAGCUUCACAACUAGUAGCAACUUGGUCUACUGUAGUUCCAUUUAAAAAUGUCACAAAAAACGUAAAUUAAUUUUAACGCUGUUAAGUGUUUAUUCACGUUAUUCAUUUCUUAGCAAUAUUAACAACAUUGUACAUAAGGCCCAAAGAUGAGAAACCAUCAAUUAGCUUUUUUUAAAAAAAAAAAAAUAAGAAUAAGAAUAUUCGUGAGCUCCACUUCCGGAAUCUUCUGGAAAAGUUCAUGUUUUUUCCCACCUCCUUGCAAGGCCAGUACUGUAAAUAGUUAUUUCUUUUAUUAUUGUUAUUAUUAUUAUUAUUAUUAUUAUUAUGGUUACAUAAAAA